CCGAAGCAGCUUUGAGCCCUCGAGGCUCGUAACCAUGGCCAUGCUGUCGCCCGUUUGCCCACUGCUUCUGGCUGCUCUUCCAGUGCCUGCGACGCUAGUGCCGAACAACGUAAAGCGGGUCAAAACCCUCGGCCUGCACUCGUCCUUGUUCGCAACACCGACCGCGUCGCGCCGUCUCCAGCACCCCCGCUGCCGCUCCAGCAAAGCCCGCGCAGCUUCGCAUCGCCCUCUGCCGACCGCGCGACCCAUCAUACCAUGGCCUCGACGGCUCCGUAUGGCGACGCCGACGACAAGUCCGGCGGAGGUUCCGCCAUGUUCGUGAACCAAAACGGAGGAACGCCACCGCAACAACAACAACAACAGCAUAUCCCCACCGACCCAGAGCUCCAAUUGCGCGAGCAGCUGCAGAUGCAUCAGGGCAGCGACAUGAUGCACCAGGCGCCUCACCUGCAGCAGAUGGGCGCCAUGAACGCGACGCACCACCACUUCCAGACGCCGCCGCGUCCGGUGCACUCGCCGCAACACAUGGCGCAGUCUGCGCAGUCGGUCAUGGGCAUCGACGACCACAACGCCUUUGCCGACCACGACGGCGCGACCCGGAAGCGCUCGAAGGUCUCGCGCGCCUGCGACGAGUGCCGGCGCAAGAAGAUUCGAUGCGAUGCAACCAGCGAAAAUGGUCCGGAAUCAUGUUCAAGUUGUAAGCGCACCGGCGCGCGAUGUCAGUUUAGUAGACAGCCGAUGAAACGCGGACCUAGCAAAGGCUAUAUCAAGGAGCUUGCCGAUCGCUUGAACUCGCUUGAAAGUCAGAUCCAGCAGCCGCAAGCUCAAGCCGCAAAUUAUGACUUUGCCGCUCUGGACCAGAGUCUGGAGGCUUCAUCGCAGUUCUCCAGAAAGCGUACCUACUCAAUGUCCGAGAACUUUGCAGACCCGUAUAACCGUCCGAGCUGGUCGGCACAGGACCGUGGUACAUAUGUGACCGAAGACCCCCCAGCUCUCAUCUCACUAACUCGUGAAGAACAAUCCUUGAACGGGGCCAACGACAUGAACAACAACCGACGCGUAUCUUUCACAGAGUGGACAUUAGUUGGGAACCUCAUCACGGGGUCCAAUGAGGCCAUCAUCAAAGCAUAUUAUAGUACGAUGCAUUCGACAUUGCCUCUACUCUCCUCAGAAUCUUCUGCUCUAAACCGUCUUACCCAAUGUCCAUCCAAGUUAAGAGAAGCACUGUUCCUGUCGUUAGAGUGCAGCAUCCGCUCGUCUGCACCAAGAUCGUUGCCGCCUACUGAAAACAGUAUCAACCAAAUGUUGCACCAAUGCUUCGAUACUGUAGAUGCAGCGAAGCAUACUCUUGACGAUCCAGACCACGCUCGUCAGUUCUUCAACAAUCUAGUAUAUUGCCAGUCUCUCGUCUUACUUUUCAUCGCUUCGGAUCGUCCCAAACCAGGCACAGUCGGCAAUUCAGCUGAACUACUUGGUAGGAUCGCUGGCGUCAUUACUGAAGUUGGACUCGAUGACGCGAAAACCCUCACGUCACUCCGCGAACAAGAUAUUGAGUUAUACCAAGCUGCUCGUCAAACCUUCUGGGUGGCUUUCAUUCUGGACAGAUUUCACGCUUCCAGCAGAUCUAAGAACCUGAUGCUACCCAUACAUGAAGGCUCCCCAUCAAGAGAUGACCAUAAGCUUUUGGGGGACGAGGCUUAUCACCUUGUUCGUGCUGCAGAUAUAGUCGGUCAGGUGGCCUCCAUCUCGAAAGCUGGCAGUGUUCCUGAGCUGGACCCUGCUUCGCCAUUUGCUUUCGCAGCGCUGAGUGUGACCUCACCUGCGACCAGGUAUAUGAACGGACAGCUCUCGCGCUUUAGAGAGUCGAUUGAAAUCAGCCCGCUUCCUGAGAAUGCUUCACCGUACUUGGCUUACCAGUAUCUUCGGGUGUUCAUCACACGUCUAUCCGACUACAGUUCUUCUAUCGAGCUGCUCUCUCUAACCAAGGACCUUCUUCGAAAUCUUGGGAAUCCGCGAGUGACCCCGCUCCACCACAUUUUUGCUAGUCUGGUCGCAACCUCUCUUGGGGAUCUGUCGGAUCGGCUGGAAACGCAAAUAGAGGCUCACGCCGCUAUGAAGGAGAUGGACGAUGGACUAGCAAACGAGCACAUCAUCAACGCGAGCAGCGACAAUCUUGGCUGGGAUGCCGCAAUACGCGACCUCUUGCACCAAAAGAAGGGCCCAACUCCCUCACAUAGCGCUCCUGAACAAACGAGCCCUUCACAGCAUCUUGCUGGUCUUCAACAUCUUGCCGCCGCCGCAGUCGGCGAGCGUGAAGGUACCGACGCACGCCCUGCGAGUAGCAGUGGUAACGUGAUAGCUGCACCGACUCCAUCCAAAUUCGACAACGACGUCUCCGCCGCUAUUGCGGCCGCAAACGAAGCGGCAAAGGCUCAAGCGCAAGCGCAAGACAACGGCUCAGUCACCCAGCAGCGUGUCCACGAAUCUUCUGCCACUGAAGCACACGGAACAUUCAAUGAUACGAGUACGCUGGUGAAAGACGAUGCAUUUUAAGUCUUCUCUCGUUGCGCUGUCGUGUCUCGUUAUUGACUCUUGGUUAUAUGCUUGCGCUGAUCGGCUGGGAUACAGUACACGGUCUCUUAAAUAAGUCACAGAGUAGGAUGCGAGGUCGAUUGUAAGGUUAAGCUGGACAGAUACAACUAGUAUGGCAAAGAAAAUGAGAGUUGGUACGAAUAUAUAUUUUCUUAGGAGGUUAUACCCAAGUUUUUAUUUCUAUACCUAGAGUUUGUUAAAUCAUAUUAGGUAGC